CCGCCCCCUCAUGAAUAAUUAACACCCUCAUUAGCGCCGUGACGCAGCCGCGCGGUGACGCCCGAACGCGCAGGAACGAACGGGAGCGGCCGCCGCCAUGUGCGACUUCUCGGAGGAGCAGACCGCGGAGUUCAAGGAGGCGUUCCAGCUCUUUGACCGCACGGGGGACGGGAAGAUCCUGUACAGCCAGUGCGGGGACGUGAUGAGGGCGCUGGGGCAGAACCCGACCAACGCCGAGGUCAUGAAGGUGCUGGGGAACCCCAAAAGCGAUGAGAUGAACGUGAAGACGCUGAGCUUCGAGCAGUUCCUGCCCAUGAUGCAAACCAUCGCCAAGAACAAGGACCAGGGCUGCUUCGAGGACUACGUGGAGGGGCUCAGGGUGUUCGACAAGGAGGGCAACGGCACCGUCAUGGGCGCCGAGAUCCGCCACGUGCUCGUCACCCUGGGUGAGAAGAUGACCGAGGAGGAGGUGGAGCAGCUGGUGGCCGGCCACGAGGACAGCAACGGCUGCAUCAACUACGAGGCCUUUGUGAGACACAUCUUGUCAGGGUGACGCCUCGCAGGGAGCUGGUCCGGAUGGUGCUGAGCGGAUGAAGACCCCUCCCCAUUAUUUUAUACACCCCCUCCUCUCCAUUAUCUCAUUAUCUGCCCCCUCCUCACUUGAUUUUGUGCCUUUUCCCUCAUUUCUGUGUCACCCCCGAGCCCCUUCCCCUCAGCCCCACCGGCUAAAUUAUUGCUGCACAGCAUCAAAUAAAUCAGAUCAAGGCUC